UAGAAGUGUUUCGCUCAGUGCCGCGCUUGGGUGACCUGUUUCCGGUGCGGAAAGAUGUGGCCGCGGCACCGGGCAGUGCCGCACCUAACUCUGGCCUUGGCGAGGUCGCGAGGAGCUCGGGCCUGCAGCGGGGACAGACGCGUCUCCUACACGCAGGGCCAAAGCCCCGAGCCCAGAACUCGCGAGUAUUUCUACUACGUGGAUCACCAGGGCCAGCUUUUCCUGGAUGACUCUAAAAUGAAGAACUUCGUCACCUCCUUCAAAGACCUGCAGUUCCUGGUCACUUUCUUCUCCCGUCUAAGACCCAACCGCAGCGGGCGCUAUGAGACCUCCUUCCCCUUCCUCUCGCCUUGUGGCAGAGAGCGCAACUUCCUGCGCUGUGAAGACCGGCCUGUGGUCUUCACACACCUUCUGGCCACCGACAGCGGGUCCCCGAGCCUCUCCUACUGUGGCGGUGGAGAGGCCCUGGCCGUACCCUUCGAGCCGGCUCGCUUGCUGCCCCUGGCGGCUAACGGGCGCCUGUACCAUCCGGCGCCGGAGCGCGCGGGAGGCGUGGGCCUGGUACGCUCGGCCCUGGCCUUCGAGCUCAGCACCUGCUUUGAGUAUGGACCUGGAUCACCCACGGUCCCCUCCCACGUGCGAUGGCAGGGCCGCCGUUUUGCCCUCACUAUGGAUCUGGCUCCGCUGCUGCUCCCUGUUCCGCCGCCCUGAGCCGUGGGCUGGGGCCGAGUGGAUAGGGUUAGGGCAACCACCAGGCUUCGCAGCGCUUGCUGGCUUCCCCUUGGUCCCAGUGUUCCAAGUGGGACCCGGGGGUCCCCGGUCACUUGCGCACAUGGGGGACAGAGUGCGCAUGCGCGCAGAGGAGCCGGGCGACCAGCGAGUUGGCGCUGUCCAAGGUGCUGCCGCCGACCCGCUGCCCUGGAUCCCUACAGAAGGUCUCUCCGUCACCUCUCACCCUUUCAACCGCCAGGCGUCCCGCGGAUUGGCCUGCGCUCUCUACGUCAGGCCGAGCGCCUGGCGCAGGCUGUGCGCGUCCCGGUGCGCGUGCGCGCCCCGCCCCCUGUCGCUUCUUUAGUCCCGCCGCCGCGGGUUCGGUGGGGAGCCUUCUGCUGCCGGAGCGUCAGGUGAGGGGGAUCCCGGCCCAAGGUCACCCGGCAUGGGGGCGGGAUCAAGACCUGGGUUCCUGCCGCCGCCCCAGGAAAAGGCCAUGUAUCCUGGCAGCUGGGAGGGAGUGGAGACCACGCCCUCUAUGAGCCCAGCCCUAGACCCACUGGAGCCUGAGGGGGGAGUUAGGGAAGGUCUUGGAGGUUUAAGGCGCCAGGUUGCAAGGGCUACCGAAGACCUCAGCUAAGGUCUCGCGCUGCACCUGAGAGGACACAGCGCUGGCCUCCAACCUCCUCCCGUGCAGAUGGGCGCCCGGGAGACUGUUAUCCGGCUCCUGCCCAGGAUUAGGGGUUCAUGACCUGAUAAAAGGAUUUCUGGGCUCUUCUAGUCUGGGGCCCUCCUGUCAUGGCUGUCUUAAAAGUGAUGCACACUGGGCAUCUACUUGAGCAGCAUCUCGGAUCCCUGAGGCGCAGAUCAAAGCGUUGCUACUGAAGGCUGGACAGAUGGCAAGGCCUGGAGCCAGGGGCCAGCUAGCCCUUCUGCUCAGGGAAAUUAAACCCAGAAGCCUAGGAAAUGCUCCAGCUUCUUGGGCUGCCACACAACUUGAGAUACCUGGGAUCUGCCUUUACCUAAGCCAAAACUAUUUCAUUAAAACUUGAUUGCUGUGCUGCCUGA